AUGCCUCACAUGAAAUGGCCACCUCAGAUCAAAAACAUUCAAGUUUUCGGUGAAGUCAAGGAUAUUUCCGGCCGUCGAUAUCCCCGUGAUAUAGGCCGCCCCGUAUACCUUGGGGGCAACACAUACUAUCUGUUUGGCGAUACUUUCUGUCAUAGUUCCUCGAAUCAUUUUGUUGGAGUCUCCAACAAUACUGUUGCCUAUGUUCCGGAUCCCCAGAACGAUCCAUUAACUUGUACAUACAUGCAUGAAAAUGCAUAUCAACCAUCAUUCAUCCCUCACACGCGCAGCGAAGAAGAGUAUGAGAAGGAUCUAAAGAACAAGGAAAAGAUUAAUAGGGUCGUGAAUUGGGUAUUUGGGGGUAUCAUUGAAGAUUUUCCGGGAGCAAGAGAUGGGUGGGUAUUCUAUGAAAAGAUGUAUACACAUGGAUCUACGGCUGGCAAAAGUUUUGGCACAGGUGUUGCGCGGGUUCAAGUUCAACCUGACAAUUCUUUGAAAGUGGAUAGACUGAUGGGCGACAAUAUGCUCUUCGGAGAAAAUGAGCCACAUUUCGGUAUAACAACCUAUGUCGUGGGAGAUGAUGGAUAUAUUUAUCUUUUUGGUGCUAAGGAUGCCCCAUCUCCGACCCUUGACCUCAAGAACCAUUGGGCACGCAUUCGAUCGGGGUCUGAUUUUACCUCGAGAGAGAAUUACGAAUUUCUCAUUCAUACUCUCGAUGGAAAAAGCAAAGUAUGGGAUCGUUCUUACUCACUUCAUCAACUCGUCAAUCUCAUUCCGGUCCAGGCGCAAGGCGCAAUCAUCAAAGUUCCGGAACUAGCACCUAAAGGACGACCAUAUCUUUGGUUUGGAAACAACAAGUUUCCGGCGAACAAAAUAUAUAUUGCAUGUGCACCGCGAUUAGAGGGGCCAUGGGAAGAAUGGGAGGGACCUGAGAUUCCAAAGUUUGGAGGAGGUGGCUUAAGAUAUACUUUAUAUCCACAUGAGAGGAGUUGCCAGUUGGAAAAAGGGGAAUUGAGAAUCAGUUGGAGUGAUGGCAAACAAAUGGGUGGUAUGGUUGUACAAGCUAUGUUACAAUUUGCUAUGGAGGGAGAGAAUGAGAACACUGUACAACAAUCGGGACCGUUACCGCAGCCUAACGGUGGCUGGAAAGAUAAAGCGAAAGGAUUUCUGAAUUCGCUCAAGUAG